AUGGUCCAAUACUACAACGUUCUCGGCGCCAGAGUCGGCUCUCACUACCUCGCCAUGGGUGUCCUGGGCGCCCUCUUCGGCGGUAGCAAGCUCGCUCUCGGCGGCGGCAGCAAGGCCGCGACCCAGACUCCUCCCAUCAACGCAUCAAGCAACGAAGAGGCCGACUUCAUCAAGCAAUUCAUUGACCAGGCAGAGGCGGACUCCAAGGCGAAAGACAAGCACUAG